UCAGUCUCCUUUGCGUUACUAGCAGCAUUACUGAUCUUUGUUGGCAUUGUCGCGUAUUGCAGCCCUGGGUGUCAUCACGAGUUCAGUCCCAUGGAUUCUUCACCAUCCCCCGCUGCAAUCAUUCACACAAAUCAUGCAACUCCAGUCCACCAGAAACGAAAGCGUCUUCCUAAGCCGGUUAUCUCUCCUUUUUUCGCAAAGCUUGGGGAGAAUACUGUCUCGAGAACAAACAAAUCGUUAAGAAAUACUGCAGCGUCUGUUCCGCGGGUACGCCUCUCAGGUCUUUCCGCUUCUACAGAACGUCGUCAGGGCACAGUUAUUCGUAUCUUGAGCGAUCCACCAGUUUGCUCUCAAAAACUAGCCAAACGCAAGACGUCGCGUCGUCUACGAGGGCCAACAAUUUCACCAUACUUCUCGUCUCCACUAACGAAGCCUCAACCAGUGGACCCGUUUUCACUUCCAAUCGUCCCUCCUGGUCUCGGCUUCACCCUUGAGCCAGCAGGACCUGUGGGACUAAUUCAAGAGCGUAUAUGCAGAAGUUUGUUUGCCUUGGUUGUUCAAGCCAUGUUAUGGAACAAGACUAGAGGCACUGCCGGUCGCCCUGUACUCUUCCAACUUCUGUGCACAUAUCCCACACCGGAAAUAUUGGCCGCUGCGAAUGAGGAAGACCUUGUGAAUAUGAUCUGGCAUCUGGGACUGCAGUGCAGUCGAGCCUCAAACUUGAUCAAGAUGGCAGCUGGAUGGAUUGAAGCGCCUCCUCGUGCAGAGACGAUCUUGAAGAAAAAGACUUUCAAGCCAAGCAAUAAUGGUGGUUGUGAGAUAUCACAUCUCCAUGGUGUCGGCCAAUAUGCAGAAGACUCUUUCCGCAUCUUCGGUAGAGAUCGAUUACGUGCAGCUGAUAAAUCACGGUACAAGUUCGAACCUGAGUGGAAGCGAGUUAUACCACAAGAUAAGGAUUUGCGGCGAUACAUUCGAUGGAAAUGGGAGGUAGAGGGAUACGAGUACGACUACGAGUCAGGACGUCAUUGGAAGAAGAAGUCUCCUAUCACGAAUGCCUAGAACUCCGGUGUGAAUUAAAAGGCUUCGCUGUCGGCAAAUGGAAACAAAACAAAUUGUUACAUGUGUGUAUAUUGAAUUAUAUAGAUUCAUA